AUGACGGGCCAAGACGAGAUCGAGGUCACGUGCUAUGCCCUAGCCGAAGCUUUUAAUCCUCCCCAUCUUCACCGAAUCUGCCUACCUCAAGAUGGAUGUUUCCGAGCCCUGUCCCUGAAAUCCAGCGCACAAACCUCGGCAAUGUUGUCUUACUCCUCAAGAUCGAAAAUCUGCUCGAUUUCGACUUCAUGGAUCCUCCCCCGCAGGAGAAUAAACUCAAUUCCAUGUACCAGCUCUGGGUUCUUGCUCGACCCACCGCUCGCCAAAAUGCUUCUCAUGGGCGAAAAACGAGGUUUUGACGAUCGUGUCCAUGCAUCGGUUUUCUUCCGGCCUAAGGAUCGGGCGGAAGAAAGGAGAAAUUCUUUGUGCUGGAAUCCGAUAGUCAACGUGUACCAGCAGUGGAAAGGUGGAAAGGAAAGGGUUUGCAAUUUAACGUUAUCUGGAGGCGGGGAACUUGGGGGAACCUUGGCGGCGAUGUCGGAGAACGGCGUCAACAGGACGCGGCGUCGACGAAGGCAUAAUGGGAUAAGUCGGGGGCUGCUGGGAAGGCGAGGUCGCGAGGCUGCGACAACGGAGGACGGCGUCGACGGUGCAGACGGGUACGGUCUCGACAGUGGCGGCCUGAAGGGACGGCGUCGAUGGGGCGGCGUCGACGGCCCAGCGCGGGGGAGGCGAAAGAGCGACGACGGAGGACGGCGUCGACGGGGCGCCCCGGUAACGGGGACGUUCUCGACAGUUGCGGCCUCAAUGGUGGCGGCGUCGACGGGGGAGUCGACAACGGUGGCGUCCUCGACGGUGGCGGCGUCGACGGGGGAGUCGACGCUGGUGGCGUCCUCGACGCUGGUGGCGUCGACGGGAGCGGCGAGGGUUGAUGGCGUCCAGGGGCAAAUUGCUACAGUGCCUUACAUCGUAUAA